AUGACUCACGUGACUCAGUUCCUAGUUCCUAUUCAACUUUAUUCUCUCACUUACGUUAGGGUUUUUCUUUAUCCCUCACUCUCGCUCUCCGCCGUUUCAGCUUCAUCUUCUCCCUCUCGGUCUCGCCAUCUCACUCAGUCUCGCGGUCUCAACUCUCAAGUCUCAUCGUCUCCCUCUUGGUUUCUCGGCGCCAUCUCACUCAAUUUCGUUUCUGCAUCAACAAAGAUAUUAGAUAUGACUAUUAUUGAUAAGGAAAAGGAAGUGAGUUCUGAUGUUGGAUCUCAUGCUGGUGCUUCCAAUUCCAUAUCGAUGACAGAAAAUCAGGCUGAAAAUAAUCCAUCAUCAAUGCCUACAACAGAACCACUACCUCAAACUAUUGAUCAAGGUGACAAAGAUCAAUGUGGCAAUGUUGAAAACAUCAAGAAAAGGAAAGUCGGGGAAGCAUCUACAAAGACAAAGGAUGUUUCUAAUGCUGAUGAGCCAGGUAAAAAAAAACCUUGUAGGCCUAAAUCUUGGGUUUGGGAGCAUUUUGACAAAGUAGAUGGUAGGGUUGUGUGUAAGUGGUGUAAAAAUACAUCUUAUGCUGCUGAUUCACACAGAAAUGGAACCUCCAAUUUAUCAAAUCAUUUAAGAAUACAAUGUAAAAAAUUUCCCAAAAAUCUUGAUCCUACCCAAACUGUUCUUAGUGUUCAAGAUAAUAAAGGAACUAGUAGUACUGGGGUUGUUGCUAUUCAUUUUGAUGGUGAUUUGUGUAGACAGGCUUUAGCUAGAAUGUUAAUUGUGGAUGAGCUGCCUUUUUCAUUUGUUGAAAAUGAAGGAUUUCGUUAUUUUAUGAGUGUUACACAACCUAGAUUCGUGCUUCCGGGAAGGAUUGCAAUUGCUAGGGACUGUUUGAACCUUUACACUAGUGAGAAACAUAAGCUGAGAAGCAUGUUUACUAAGAAAAAUCAAAGUGUCUCCCUAACAACUGAUACAUGGACAUCUGUGCAAAAUAUUAAUUAUAUGGUUCUUACUGCACAUUUCAUUGAUGAAAAUUGGAAGAUGCAUAAAAGAAUUCUAAAUUUUUGUCCAAUCACGUCUCAUAGGGGGGAGGUAGUCGGAAAAAAGAUUGAGAAGUGUUUGGAGGGUUGGAUGAUAGAUAAGGUUUUCACCAUCACGGUUGAUAAUGCUAGUUCAAAUGAUCUUGCUAUUGCUUACCUGAAAACUAGAAUGGAGGACUGGAAUUCACACCCAUUAAAAGGGGAGCAUUUACAUGUUAGGUGUUGUGCUCACAUUUUGAACCUUGUUGUUGGCGACGGAUUGAAGUUGAAGGACAUGCAUUCUUCAAUUUCCAAAAUUAGGAUUGCAGUUCGAUUUGUUCGUGGGUCAGCUAGUCGUUUGGAUAGGUUUAAGGUAUGUAUUAAAGAAGCUAGGAUACAAGACAAGUCUACUGUGCAAUAUGAUUGUCCCACUAGAUGGAACUCUACCUACAUUAUGCUUGAAAGUGCAUUGAAGUUUCAAAAGGCAUUUAAGAGAUUAGGUGAGAAGUGUGUUGAGUAUGCAAUGUUGGAAGGUGGUGCCCCAAAUAAUGAUGAUUGGGAAAAUGCUAAGUGUUUUGUGAAAUUUCUGAAGUUGUUUUUUGAAAUCACUAAGAAAGUGUCAGGUUCAACUUAUGUAACAUCUUCUACAUAUUUCUUGGAACAUUGUAAGAUAUUGGAUGCAUUUAAUAUUUGGAUGGGAUGUCACAAAGAUGACCCAAUACUUGCAAAGAUGGCUACCAAUAUGAUAGGUAAAUAUAGUAAGUAUUGGGGGGACGUCUCAAAGAUGAAUCUAUUGGUCUUUAUUGCUGUAAUUUUUGAUCCUCGUCGUAAAUUUCAAUUUGUUAGCUGGGGAUUGCAUCAAUAUUAUGAGAAGGAGAUUGCUGAUUCUUUGUGUGGUAAGGUAAAGGAUUUAACUAGAAUAUUUGAAAGCUAUAGUCGGAAAGGCCAAGUAGAAAAAGUGGAUGAUAAAUUUGAGAUGAACAUGGAUCAAGAUCCAAAUUUGAGUAAAAAUGAAGUGGAUUUGUAUCUCACAGAGCCUAGGGAGAAGAAAAAUCCUGAUUUUGACAUUUUAAAUUGGUGGAAGGUGAAUUCUACCAAAUACCCUACCCUUGGUCUAAUAGCUAGAGAUAUAUUGGCUAUGCCAAUAUCAACUGUUGCUUCAGAGUCUGCUUUUAGCACAGGGGGUAGAGUUCUUAGUAAUUAUAGGAGCUCUCUUACACCUCACACUGUUGAAGCUUUAAUUUGUGCACAAAAUUGGUUAAGAUCUUCACCUUUGUCAGUUGAUAUUGAGGAGCAUUUGGAAGAUUUAGAGAAGCUCGAAGAAGAAUUAGCUCCGAUUCCACAAUUGAAUGAGGGACUUUCUGAUAUUGAAUCUGAUUAGUAGAUGUGCUUCAAAAGGAAAUGAAAUGAUGGAGUCAUGGAGAUGGAGACAUUGUUACUUUGGUGUAAUAUGAUAUGUAGAUGGAGUAUCAGACUAGAUGGAGAUGGAGACAAUGUAAUUUUUUUUGGUAUUUUGAUAUAGACAAUGUUAGUGUUGGAGACAAUGUAAUUUCUUUUAGUAUUUUGAUAUAGACAGUGUUACUGUUAGUGUUACAGUUACAGUGUAAUGUAAUUGAUAUAGUCUGAUACUUUGAUACUUCUUUUGGUAUUGAGAAAAGUGGUAAGAGAGGAUGUAUG